UUGAUAUAUAGAUGAAAGCAACCAAAGCUGAAAUGGAGAGUGAAGAAUACAAAGCUGCUGUUUUACUCAAUUGCAUUGGAGACAAGGCCCUGAAAAUAUAUAAUACGUUCGAAUUUCAAGAAUCCAAGGAAAACCAGAACUUCGCAAGUAUAGUGAAAAAAUUUGAAUCCCAUUUCCUUCCCACCAUCAACGUGACUUAUGAAAGAUAUUUAUUUUUUACAAGAGAAAUGAAGGAAAAUGAAUCUGUGGAUGAAUAUGUAACUCAAUUAAAACAUCUCAGUUUGAAUUGUGAAUUCAACAAUUUGAACGACUCAUUGAUAAAAGACAGACUGGUAUUGGGAAUCAAAGAUAAGAACGUGAAGGACAGAUUACUCCGGACAAAAAACUUGGACUUGAUAAAGGCGGUCGAAAUCUGCAAAUCUGCCGAAGUAACACAUAAACAAUUGGAAGUUUUAUGUUCGAGCAACUCAUCGAGCGCGACAAGGACAGAAGAAGUGGACCUAAUGGAAGUGAGGAAGAAAGGAAAAAACAGCACUCAGAGAUAUGGAAGACAGAAGCAGCAGUAUAAAAAAGGAAGUACAAAUGAUAAUAGUAAUUAUAGAAAUAAAAUUUCGUAUAAUAAUUAUUCAAAUCAAUCUUAUGAAUUCAGAUGCACUAGAUGUGGUUCCAUUCAUGGCCCGAAAUCUUGUAGGGCAUAUGGGAAAAAAUGUCAAAAUUGUGGAUUAAUGAAUCAUUUCAGUAAAUUGUGUAAAAAUAAAAAUAUUAAAAAUAUUGAGAUACAUGAAGAAGAAUCAUCAGACAAUGAAGAACUUUUUAUAAGGUUAAUUGAAUUAGAAAACAUAAAUAAAGAUAACUGGACUGCGGAUUUGAAUAUAUUUAAUAAAACAAUUUCUUUCAAAGUUGAUAGCGGCGCUGACGUAAAUGUUAUUCCAUACGUCACUUAUAAAAGUUAUUUUCAAAAUAUAAAAAUAAAUGAAAGUAAAAUAAAAUUAACUGAAUAUACAGGUACUCAAAUUAAUGUUUUAGGUUAUAUUGAUAUCUCAGUAUUGUUUAAAAGUAAAAAAUAUGAUGUUAGAUUUUUCAUUGCUAAAACUAAUGGAAAACCUGUUCUAGGUAGAGAAACAAUAGAAAAAUUGAAUAUUGCCAGGAUAGUUGGAGCCCUAAGUGAUGGUUCCGCCGAAAAUUAUUUGGAAAAAUACAAGGACGUUUUCGAUGGAAUCGGUUGUCUGCCAGGCCAAUACAGAAUAAAAAUUGAUACAACGGUCAAGCCAUGUAUACACGCUGCCAGACGGUUUCCUCAAGCAAUUUUGGUAAAAUUAAAAAAUAAAUUGAAUAAAUUAGAAAAAACAAAUAUAAUUGUUAAAGAAUCAGAGCCAACAGAAUGGGUAAAUUCUCUGGUUAUAGUGGAUAAACCUAAUGGAGAUUUUAGAAUUUGUAUUGAUCCCACAGAUCUAAAUAAGGCAAUAAAACGUGAAUAUUUUUCGGUUCCCACAUAUACAGAUAUCAUUAGUUGUUUGAAAAACGCAAAAGUUUUUUCUGUUCUCGAUGCAAAUAAUGGGUUCUGGAACAUAGCAUUAGACGAGUAUAGUUCAAAGCUUUGCACUUUCAAUACUCCGUUCGGACGAUAUAGAUUCAAAAGAUUGCCCUUCGGUUUAAAAUGUAGUAGUGAAGUCUUUCAGAGAAAAAUAAUGCAGUGCUUUGAGGGCAUCGAAGGAGUUCACAUUUAUGUAGAUGAUAUUUUAGUCUGGGGAAGUUCUAAAGAUGAACACGAUAAAAGAUUAUUGCAAGUAUUAGAAAGAGCGCGUGAAUGCAAUAUAAAAUUCAACUCUAGCAAAUGUCAAUUUUCAUUGAAUGAAGUGAAUUAUAUAGGUCAUAAAAUAACAAGUGAAGGUAUAAAACCAGAUAAUUCGAAAAUUAGUGCUAUCGAAAAUUAUCCAGAACCGACAAACAUCAAAGAAUUACAGUGUUUUUUAGGCAUAAUCAAUUAUUUACAUAAAUUUAUACCAAAUGUAUCUGAAUUAACUGCUCCUUUGAGGGAAUUAUUGAAAAAAGACAUUUUGUUCCGAUGGGGUUUUGAACAAAAGAAUGCUUUCAAUCAAUUGAAAAAAAUAAUUAUCAAAGAACCUGUUCUUAGCUUUUACGAUCCUUCAAAAAAUUUGGUAUUAUCGGUAGAUGCAUGUAAAGACGGUUUAGGGGCAGUUCUUUUACAGGAAGGAAAACCUAUUGGGUAUGCGUCAAGAUCACUCAAUAAUACUCAAAAAUCUUACGCUCAGAUAGAAAAAGAAAUGCUAGCUAUUGUUUAUGGAGUCAAAAAAUUCCACCAGUAUGUAUAUGGUAGAGAAAUAAUCGUAGAAACAGAUCAUAAGCCUCUCAUUCAUAUAUUCAAAAAACCUUUAAUUGAUUGCCCGAUGCGGUUACAAAGAAUGUUACUAGAUUUACAAGUCUAUAAUUUGAAAGUCGUAUAUAAGCCGGGAAAAGAGAUGUAUAUUUCGGAUGCUUUGAGCAGAAUCAAAAUGCCAUAUGAUAGCGCCAAGAUUUUCGAUAACGAGUAUGAAGCUCAAUUAAAUUAUUUGAAGAAGAACUUUCCGAUUACCGAAACUCGAUUGAAACAGUUUGAAAAAGAAACAGAGAAUGAUCAUGAACUUAAAAUCGUAUCAAGUUAUAUAAAACAAGGAUGGCCAGACUCGAGAACAAAGUGUGAGUCAAAUUCAAAAUUAUAUUUCAAUGUCAGAGCGGAAUUAGUGAUGGUUGAUAAUCUAGUUUAUAAAGGAAAUUGUUUGGUAGUACCUAAAUCGUUGAGAAAAGAUAUGUUGAAAUUAAUUCAUUUGAGUCAUAUGGGUAUCACAAAAUGUAUAUUGAAAGCAAAGCAAUAUCUUUAUUGGCCGGGUAUGUACCGUGAAAUAGAAAACACUGUAACUUCAUGUGAAAUUUGUCAAAAAUAUUCAAAGAAUAAUUAUAAAGAACCUUUGAAACCUCACAGGGUACCAGAUUAUCCAUGGCAAAAACUUGGUUGUGAUUUGUAUGAGUUGGGUAGAGAUAAAUAUCUUAUUGUGGUUGACUAUUUUUCAAAAUAUGUAGAAGUCUGUAAAGUGAAUGAUAUAACUUCAAAUACUAUCGUGAAACAUUUGAAAAAUAUUUUUGGAAGAUUGGGUAUUCCACAAAUUCUUAUGUCUGAUAACGGGACACAAUAUACAGCUUUUGAAUUCAAAAAAUUCGCAGAAAAUUGGCAAUUCCAACAUCAUACUUCGAGUCCACAUUACCCACGUUCAAAUGGAAUGGUGGAACGCUCAAUUCAAACAAUUAAAAAUAUUUUAAAAAAAUGUUCAGAAUCCAAAACUGAUUUAGACCUUGCAUUACUAGAUUACCGAAACACUCCAAUAGAUAAUGAUAUUCUUACACCUAGUGAAUUAUUGUUUGGAAGGAAAACAAGAACUUUAAUGCCAGUUAAAAAGUGUUCAUUACAACCGAGAAAUAUUAAUUUUCAAAGACAAAGAAAUAAUUUGAUCCAAAGGCAGAAAAAACAGAAAAUGUUUCAUGAUAGAUCUGUUAGAAAAUUAAGGAAAUUAAAUGUUGAUGAGAAAAUUUAUAUUAAAAAAGGUGAUGUCUGGGUUACAGGCUAUGUUGUGAAAGCUAUUAAUGAGAGAUCAUAUCUUGUAAAAGAAUCCAGCACUGAUGUUGUAAUGAGACGAAACAGAUAUUUUCUUAAACCUUACUAUACUAGGAGUUACAGUUAUUUUUCAGAAACAGAUGAUGAAGAUAGUAGUAAUAUUAAUUCUAAUGUUAAAGUUGAAUUGAAUGAUAAUGAUAAUAAUGAUUGUAUGCAUAGUUCGAGUACUAAUACAAAUGAAAUUGGUGAUACUGUUAGUGAAGAGGGUAAUAUAGAUAAUUUUGAGUCAGUGAAUACAGAUUCCAACACUAGGAGGACUAUUUAUGUAUCCAGGUAUGGACGGAAAGUUCGACGUCCAAAAUAAUAUUAAUUAAAAAUCAAUGUAUUCAAGUCAUUGAAUUUGAUAUAUGCUGUACAUAUAGAAUUAAGUUUUUUAGUUUUGUUCAUUUGUAAAUAAGGGAGAUGUCAUAUGUAAUAACACAUGUAUGUAACGACAGAGAGAGAUUCAAUAAAUCAGUACCAUCUGAGA